UUCAACAUCGAAAUCAAGUAGAAGUGUUUCGACUCUUGUAAAGACAACAACAAGCAACAUUCAAUUCAAAGUUAAACUCUUAUUCACAUCCAACAUGUUCUUUGUUAAGUUAACUUUCAUCUGUGCUCUCGUCGUUGCCACCGCAAUGGCCAAUGGUUGGGAUAAUUGGGGCAAAAAUCACUGGGGUGGUUGGUCUUCUUCUUAUGGUCCUUCACCAUGGAGCAAUGAUUAUGGAUACAAAUGGUCAAACAAGAAGGCUUCAGUUUUCCAUCACCGAAAAGGAACUCCAAGCUGGGGAUGGGGACAUGACAAGUGGGGACACGGAUGGGGACACGAUGACAAAUGGGGAUGGUCCGAACCUAAAUGGGGCGGUAAUGAUCAUUUCGUCUAUGGUGUUAAGGUCCAUCACGAUGUCCCAAAGAAGUGGGGAGGCUGGGGAUGGCAUUAAAUGAACCACUUUCCAACCUGAUACCCUUAACCGAAAGUUCUUGGUGAAAGCAGAAAAACCCAAAUAUUUAUUCUCAAUUAGGAUUAAGCAGUUAUCUACUCAAACCUUCAUGUCAUUUCGUAUUAUCUAUAUUUUUUCACCCAAAGCAAAUUGUAAUAUUUCAUUCUAAUCUAAUGUAAAAUAGUCCAUCAAAAUUAAGUAAUAAAUUGAGC